GACUCUGAUUCUAUGGUAUUCGAUCAAUCAAUUGUUCAAUGUCCAUUCGUGUGCUCUAUUAUAAAAAAGGAUACAGUGUUCAUUUCAAUAAAUAAAUAUACAUUUGAUGAAUAAAACUACCUGUUUUUAGCCAUGUCUUGGUUAUUCGGGUACAGCCGGCCUCAGCAGCCGCCUACUGAUGAGCCUCCAGCAGAUGGUGGUGGCUCAGCCGCCGCUCCAGUUAACCUCACUAAAGCUGAAAAGAAAGCCAUGGAAUCAUAUAGAUUUGAUUCCAGUGCUCUGGAGAGAGCUGCGCAGGCUGCCCGGGAGUUAGAAAGAUCACGACAUGCUAAAGAUGCAUUGGAGCUUAGUAAGUUGCAAGAGAGCACUCGUCAACAAGAACAGAUGGCCAAGAUAAAAGAAUACGAAGCAGCCAUCGAACAAGCUAAAGUAGAUCAGAAGAGAGUUGAUCAUGAAGAAAGACGCAAAACAUUACAGGAAGAAACAAAACAGCACCAAAUGCGUGCACAGUAUCAAGACCAAUUAGCAAAGACACGGUAUGAAGAGCAAUUGGUUCAGCAUCAAAGAAAUCAGGAUGAAAUAUUAAAAAAGCAAGAAGAGAGUGUAGCGAAACAAGAAGCAAUGCGUCGCGCCACUGUUGAGCAUGAAAUGGAAUUGCGUGAGAAAAACAAACUUAAAGCUAUAGAAGCAGAGGCCAGGGCUCGUGCUAAAGCUGAUAGAGAGAACAGAGAUAUAACUCUUGAACAAAUUAAACUGAAAGCUGCUGAAAAUAGGACAACUAUUUUGGAAAGUAUACAGACAGCAGGUAGCGUUAUAGGAACAGGUUUAAAUGCACUUGUCACAGACUGGGACAAGACACUGGCUGCAGCUGGAGGUUUGUCCUUGGUCGCUCUUGGUGUUUACACUGCUAGAGGUGCAACAUCUGUGACUGCUCGUUUCAUUGAAGCUAGGAUUGGUAAGCCGACAUUAGUGAAUGAGACAUCAAGAUUUUCUCUCUUAGAAGCAGUUAAGCAUCCCAUCCUCACAAUAUCACGUGCCAUCGCAAAUUUCCGUAAACCAUCUGAUGCAUUAGCAGGUGUUGUGUUAGCUCCUACAUUAGAGAAACGCCUCAGAGAUAUUGCUAUUGCAACUAAGAACACAAAAGUGAAUAGAGGAUUCUACAGGAACCUCCUUAUGUAUGGGCCACCUGGUACUGGUAAAACUUUGUUCUCAAAGAAAUUAGCAAAACAUUCUGGUAUGGAUUACGCGAUAAUGACGGGUGGUGAUGUGGCUCCAAUGGGCAAACAUGCCGUAGCUGCAAUUCACAAGAUGUUUGACUGGGCCAAUACUAGUAGAAAAGGUGUCUUGCUCUUUAUUGACGAAGCAGACGCAUUCCUGCAUAAAAGGUCUUCUGCACAAAUAAGUGAAGAUUUGCGAGCAGCUCUAAAUGCUUUUCUGUACCGAACUUCUGACCAAAGUAGCCGUAUCAUGUUGGUACUAGCCUCUAACACCCCGCAACAAUUCGACUCGGCUAUCAAUGACAGAUUGGAUAAGAUGAUCGAGUUUGGUCUACCCGGUCUAGAGGAGAGAGAACGCUUGAUUAGGCUAUACUUUGAUAAGUUUGUACUGCAACCGGCAUCAGAGGGCAAGAGACGUCUCAAUGUUGACCAGUUUGACUAUGGUGCUCUCUGUGCUAACCUAGCAAAAAGAACAGCUGGUAUGUCUGGUCGAGCAUUAUCUAAACUUGGUGUAGCUUGGCAAGCAGCUGCCUAUGCGUCUGAUGAUGGAAGACUUACAGAACAAAUGUGCAUAGACAUUUGUGAUGACGCUGUUCAGGAUCACAGACAAAAGAUGGAGUGGCUGUCAGCAGAAGAGAAGACACGAAGUAUGAUGCCAUAUCUUUUAGAUUUACCCCCUCUAGACAUACCUGAAGAAAAUAUUAAGCAGGCAACAAUUAAAGAACUGCCAGAAACCAAAGAGGAACCUAAAGUCAAGUUGACUAAGAGAAAGAACAAGGAAGACAUGGAAAAGUGACACCUUCUGAUAACCAAUGAUGAUCCUGUAGAAAUACAAAACACAUGUUCCGAAAAUAAAAAUAUAAACUGUGAUAAUAAACAGUGCAUCUAUGACUUUAAAGUAUCAAAAUUGCAAACACACAUUAUAUUGUCUGACCGUGACUUUAACAAAUUGCGAAAGUUAUUAGUGAAAGUGAGAAAAAGUAAUAUCUUAAAAUAAUUAAAUAAUUUCUUGGAAAUAUCUAAUAUUAAUAAUAAAAGUUACAAAUCAGGAUGAUAUUGUUCAUUUUGACGGUGUAUUGGUAUGUUAAAAUCUGCUGUUUGAUAUAAAGAUAUUGUGUGUAAUCAUCUUUACAUAAUCUACAUUCUACAUUCUACAAAUAAUAAAUAAAUUGUUUCUAUUGUAAAAAGUUAUCUAUAAUACUAGCCUUUAUUUACCUAUACAGGCAUAACUCUAAAACGGAAUUAUAUAAUAUAUUUUUUGCAAUUAUAUUCAAAAGUACAUUAACAAACACGCCAAAUCUUAUAGAAUAUUAAUUUUACCACAAUGUUCCAAUUAACAUUUACCACCACCAAUUACCACCAUAGUUAUAUAAGUUUCAGUUUUAUUAAACAUUAUGUACUUUUUCUGUUUUCUCUUAUCUUAUUCGAAUAUUUAUAUCGGACUUCCCCUCCUGUGAAUGGCAAGAUUUUUUAUUGUUAUCAUAUUUUACAGCAUUUAAUCGAUGAAUGAUUUUCCAACACAUCUGACAUAACCGCUUGGUAUUAAUCUAAGUUUUGUUUAAAAUAUUACAAUGUCUAAGUAUAUUCCUAUUGUGCGUAAAAACGAAGUACAAAAGAUCAUUAAAAUUAUAAGUAUGAUAUGCCUAACUUUAUAAUUGCACAAAAGUUUUAAUGUAAAUGCAAUUGUAGUACCUAAGUAGGUAUAUUAUUUGAAUGUUCACAAAAACGUCUGGUUUCAGAGCGAUUCCACGUUUUAUUUUAUAUUUUUACUAGCUGUUACUCGCCUGUUUCGCUGGGAAUUAUAUAAAAAAGGAGGAAGGAUAAACGGAUUUCAAAAAAUUUAUAACCUCAGGAAUAAUUAACAUCUCAGGUAGAUUAAGCGUCGACUGAUCAUAUUCUCAUACAAAUAUGUUCAGUAUUUUUCACUUGAUUGACGCUCAAAGAAAAUAAAAUUUAAUUAAAUAAGUAUAUAAAGUUAGAUACAAGGAAACAUAGAAUCUAAGAAAUUGCAUUUUUUCCAAAUGACUGUUAUUAGUAUGGUUGGCUUAAUCAUAGUGGUUGAUUGCUUUAUUUUGAUUUAGAUUGCAUUAUGGUGGCGAAAUUUUUAAAUUUAUGUGUGCAAAUAUCACAAAACGAUGUAACUAGUAGUCAAUGAACAUAAUUUAUAAAUAUAAUAUAAAAAGUGAAUGAUAUUGGUAAGUAUAUAUGAUACUUUAAAAUGCAUAGAAAAUAACUUUUUGUAAUUAUCUCACUACAUCUUCAAAUAAAAUGUAUUUACAAGAAUGUAAACUAUUUUCAACGUUUAAAAAACAUAUGGUUAUGGAUGUUUUGUCUAGUAUAAAUCAAAUAAAAUAUAUAAUUUUAAGUUGUUAUAUCGAAGAGAAAUUGUUUUGAUAUGGUUUAUUUCUCAAUUGCAAUGUAAAAAGUUAUUUGCUUGAAACCUGUAUGUAGUGUUAAUAGAACUUGUUAAAAU